UGUCUAUCAGGGUGGAAUUGUCCAAUCAGGCUGCAGCUGGAGGAGAGGGGCGGGGCAGGUGGCUGCACUCUCGCGGUGUUUGGUUCUUUUCACUAUUCAGUCUUGGCUCGGAUUCUGUUUCCUCCGCUAGCUUCUGUGUCUUGAGCUCACCGUAGUCUAAGGUGGCCCCGCUGUAGCCAGUGUCCCUGUGAGGUGCAGACGGCGCUGGACGCCAGAAAUUCGGAAAUGAACUCAGUGGCCUUUGACGAUGUGGCUAUAAACUUCACCCAGGAAGAGUGGGCUUUGCUGGAUCCUUCCCAGAAGAAUCUCUACACAGACGUGAUGCAAGAAGUCUUUAGAAACCUGACUUUUAUAGAGAACGGGUGGGAAGACCAGAACAUUGAGGAGGACAAAAAUCCUGAGAUAAAUCUAAGGCACAUCAUAACUGACUCCGGAUACAACCUGUGUGCAAGUGAAGAAUACUCAGAGAAGCCAUAUAAAUUUACACAGUACAGGAACUCUUUCCUUUCUCUGAUGAGUGUUCAGAGACAUAUGACAACGGACACUGGAAGUAAACCUUACAAGUGUAUGCUAUGUGGGAAAGCCUUUCAUUUCCCCAGUGAGUUUAGAAUACAUCUAAGAACUCACACAGGAGAGAAACCUUACGAGUGUAAGCGAUGUGGGAAAGCUUUCAGUCACUCCAGUUCCUUUAGAAAACACGAGCGAACUCACACGGGAGAGAGGCCCUAUGUAUGCAAACAGUGUGGGAAAGCCUUUAAUUGUUCCGGUUCCAUCCGGAAACAUGAAAGAACUCACACUGGAGAGAAGCCCUAUGAAUGUAAGCAGUGUGGGAAAGCCUUCAAUUGUCCCAGUUAUCUCCAGAUUCACGAAAGAAGUCACACUGGAGAGAAGCCCUAUGAGUGCAAACAGUGUGAUAAAACAUUCAGCUGUUCCAGUUCCCUACGGAAACAUGAAAGAACUCAUACUGGAGAGAAGCCCUAUGAAUGCAAGCAGUGUGGGAAGGCCUUUAGCUGUUCCAGUUCCUUUCGAAAGCAUGAACGCACUCAUAGUGGGGAGAAGCCCUAUGAAUGCAAACAGUGUGGGAAGGCCUUCUUUUCUCUCACAAGUGUUCGGACACACAUGAUAAAGCACACUGGCAACGGGCCUUUUAAAUGCAGUGUAUGUGAGGAAGUGUUUCCUUUCUCCAGUGUAUUUAGAAGACAUCAAACCUCUCAUGCUGGAGAGAAGCCCUAUAAGUGUAAACAAUGUAGCAAAUGGUUUAGUUCCUCCACUUCACUUCAGAUACACGAAAGAACUCAUAAUGGGGAAAAGCCCUAUGUGUGCAAGCAAUGCGGCAAAGCGUUCAGUUGUCCCAGUUACAUUCGAAAACAUGAGCGAAUUCAUACUGGGGAAAAAUCGUACCCAUGUAAGCAGUGUGGCAAGUGGUUUGAUGCUUCCAGUUCUCUUCAGAUACACGAAAGAAUCCAUACUGGAGAAAAGCCCUAUAAGUGUCAACAGUGUGAUAGAGCGUUCAGCCGGUCCACCUCUAUUCGAAAACAUGAACAAACUCACACUGGGGAGAAACCCUGUGAAUAUAAUGUGGGGAAGCCUUCACUUCCAGUUGAAAUUGAUUACUAAGUAGUCUUAUAAAUGUAAAUUCUGGCAAAUCCUCAGUUUCUCGCGGGCUUUUAAAUAAAAAUGGUAAAGCACACUGUAAAUGGGCCUUUUAAAUGCGAGGUAUGUCAAAAAGCCUUUCACAGUCCCGUUCUGUUUAGAGCAUAUCAGAUAACUCAUGCAGGAAAGAAACAAGGUGAAUGGAAACAAUAUGGCAAAUCUUUCUUUCAGGUAGUCUCAGAAGCAUAAAGGAAGUUAUGCUGGAGAGUAUCCCUCCUAAUGAAAGCAAUGGAAAAUCAAUCACCUAUUAAAAUUGCCUUUGUAAACAUAAAUGAACUUGUACUGGAGAAACAUCCUUUGAGUACAAAUAAAUAUGAAAUAUCACAUUUUCCCAUUUGCCUUCAAAGAAACUAAAAUACUCAUUGGACAACAAAUCAUCAGAAAGCGAUUGUUAGGAAUAUGAAAAAACAGUUUUCUUGGUUCUUUUAAAGGACACAGAAAAUUCACACUGGAUAAUAACCCUGCGUAUGUGAGAAAAAUGGUUGAGACUUUAGAUGCCCCAGUUCUUUAAGAUUAUAUGAAAGAAUAUGUACCAGAUAAAACUGAAUAGGAAUGUGGGGGAAGCAUUCAGUUUUUCAGUUUUCUUUAAAGACAUCAAAUAGAGGGGGAAAGUCUGGAGCUUUUGAUAAUGUGGUUAGGUUUUCAGUUUUUGAAAACCUUGGAAGAACUCUGGAGGAAAGGUUGAGUGUAAGAAAUGUCAGAAGGCCUUCAGUUUUUCCAUUUUCACUCAAAGACAUGAAAGAACUCAUUUAGAAAAAGACUGUUGGGCACGCAAAGUCUCCCAGCUUCAUUUCUCAUGGAAAGGUACAUGAUAACGCACACUGAAGAUGGAUAUGCAUUACAUUGACUUUACAAUGUGAAAACUUUGCUUUUUUGGGUUAAAGCAUGAAAUGUGUCUUUUUAUAUUAGAUACAAUUUUGUAGUAUUUUGUUGAGACUUUUUACAAUUAUAUUCAAAGAGAUUUGUGUAUCUUGGAAUAAUAUAGUAUUAUUUAGUACAUACAGUGUAUGCAUGUGUAUAUGUGUAUCUGUAGGAUACAGUAUAGUUUGUACAUGAGUAGUAUAUAUUAUAUAACUAGUUUAUAUGGUAUGUAAUUAAAAUAUAUGUAACCACUAUUUUA